AUACUGCAGUACUACCCUCUGAUACUGCAGUACUACGCUCUGAUACUGCAGUACUACCCUCUGAUACUGCAGUACUACCCUCUGAUACUGCAGUACUACGCUCUGAUACUGCAGUAUCCCUUGGGAUCUUCCAGAAGUGAUGAUCAGGUCAUUUCAGAGGGUCAGUUGGGAGCGCGUGCGUCUCCGGGUUCCUCCAGCUCUCCGUGGGGUCCUGAGGUUCUACGUUCCUCUGUCUGCGGCCCGCAGGUCCGCAUCAUCGGCGUGGCGUUGAGGAAGGAGCGUGCCGCCUACCGAUGCCUCCUCUGUUGCCAGGGGCAACCCUACGUGGCCGCCGGCGCGGCCGAUGUCCACAGUGACCACUUUGGGUUUGACUACGGGACGGCGGACGUCUUCUGCCCCCUCCCCGCCGGGUGUCCGGACCCCUCCCAUGUGGCCGUGAGCGCGGUGGCGGCCCCCACAGAGACCCUGAGCCAGAUGGAGGAGGAGGAGCCAAGGUUCCUGCUGGUCCAGAACAGGAAGCCAAUCAGCAAGGACUUCCCUCACCAGUUCACCGUAUGCCUCUCCACCAUGUUCGACUUCACCAACGUGCUGCAGCUGGUCCAGAGUAUGGAAAUGCUGCGGAUUCUGGGCGUGACCCAGGUGGUUCUCUACAAGACCAGCUGUAACGCAGACACACAGAGGCUCCUGGACCACUAUGAACGUACAGGGUUCCUGGAGGUGAUCGCGUGGCCCCUGGCCGGCCGGCUGAACGUGUCUCGAAGCUGGCGGCCAGAUCUCGGCGCGGGGCAGCUGCACUACUACGGCCAGGUGGCCGCACUCAACGACUGCGUGUACCGCAACAUGUACCGCAGCCACUACCUGGGCCUGCACGACAUGGACGAGCUCAUCCUGCCCCAGGCCGUGGACAGCUGGACGGAGCUGCUGCCGCAGCUGGAGCUGAAACACGGGCCGGGCCGCAGCUACGUGUUCCAGAACCACGUCUUCCCCACCUCCAUCUCCGGGACCCCGUCCGCCCCCUCCUCCGAGACCCGCCCCACCGCGCGAUGGCAGGAAGUGGAGGGGGUCAACAUCCUGGACCACCUGUACCACGAGCCCCCCGACACCGUGACAUGGAGCAACCACAAGAUUAUUGUGGACCCCCGGGCCGUGGUGCAGCCCACCGUCCAUGGGUUGCUGAACCCCACGCACAUCACCGUCGCCGUGCCCCCCAGCGUGGCGCGCAUGUACCACACCAGAGCGGCGGCGAAGGCGGGGCUGAGGCGGAUCAACCUGACGUUCGACGGGCGUCUGCUGGACUACAGAGACCGCCUGGUCCGGGUCGUGGACGAGGUCCUGGAGCGGACCGGGCUCCUCCACCCAUCCCGGGAGGGCCCCCCACUGGGGGGGGGGACUGAGGGGCAGGGUAUGGUGGAGAAGAACAGUUCCUCCACCCGUACCUAGCUGUAAGUUCUCUAGAGCUAGGUGUUACUUCUAUGAGUUAGAACUUGUACAUAAAGGAUGAAGCUAAAGAAACUAAAGGUCCCUCCGGUCUUCGGGAGCUGGCCUUCUUUCACUGCCGAAGGUUAAAAAGAAAUCGGCUGGACAGAGAGCGUUUGCCUGUCGAGCCCCCUUCCUAUGGAAUAGGCUGCCACCAGCGAUCAGGGAAGCUGACUCUGUGGAGCUAUUCAAAGGAAAGCUCAAAACGCACCUCUACAAUCUUGCAUUUGGAAGAUAGUGUGAAAACGACAGAUGCGAAAUGAAGACCACUCUGUUUGCUUGUGCUUUUGUUAUUACAGUAUACAUUCCCACUAUGUACUUUUCCGUUCUAAUUCACUAUUCUGUCUGUUUAGGCGUGUUGCGGUGACUGGACUGGAUGCCUGGACUCUCCUCAUGGUUAACCGGCCACUUUAAACAGUGCAUUUCAGAUGCUUCCCUCUAGACAGAGGCUCAAAGUUCCCCAAAGCAGAACAAUCCGCUACAGGAACAGUUUUGUUCCUGCAGCCAUUAUCUGUACCAAUAAAUUGUUGCAGCGCCGCUAGUGGUGCAUAACUUUGUUGCACUUUCUGAUGUACUGAGCACCUCUGUGAUUUUUGUCUGUGUGUCUGUCUUGUCUUCCGUGAACGCCCUUUUCUUGACCUGCAAGCCAAAUUUACCCACGGGUAUGAAUAAAGCAACCUUGAACCUUGAACCUUGAACCCCAUCACCAUUUUAAUAUGAUGUGCAUGUAUUUACCUGUAAGUCAAUUGUGGCACCCAUGCACUCCUGACCAUCCCUGGAAGAAGGGAUCCCCUACUAUGCGUUUCUUCUCAAGAUUUCUUCCUUGCUAAUUUCACAGGAGUUUUUUCUUGCCCUUGUGGGGGCUUGGGUAAAGGGGGGUGUCAUAACUAUUUGGCCUGUUAAGCCCUUUGAGACUGUAAUGGUGAUUAAGGACUAUAUAAAUAAAAUUGCAUUGAAUUUAAUUGAAAGACAAUGCUUCGUUGAACAACUGGCUCCUUUGGUCUGAGCUUGAAAUAGUGGUUGUUUGAUGUUCUGGAAAUUGGUCAAUCCUAAUUUGUCACCACUGCUCCUAAUAAUUGAAGCGUAUUUUUUUUCAUUCAGUA